AUGUUCCCUUGCCAAUCUUUUGCUCGCACUCUAGACACUUCCGGACAGCCAAACAGCCUGUCCGGCUUUGUUGAUCCUCAUGCGUACCAAGCCAGGUCAAUAUUGCCCUCGGCAAACGAACAGGGUCAGCAAGCGGACGGUGGUGACGAGGAGGAGACAGAUGAGCAGGAAGAGGAAGAAGAAGAAGAAGAAGAAGAAGAAGAAGAAGAAGAAGAAGAAGAUGAUGAUGAUGAUGAUGAUGAUGAUGACGAUGAUGGGUAUGAUGAUAACAAUGAUGAUUAUGACGGAGGGGCAGGGCCAGGGCCAGAGGAGGACAAAGACGAGAGUGCAAAAGAGAGCGUAUGGUCUGGGGUGCUGGUCGAGAGGCAGAGGUACUAUUAG